UUGGACGAAAGCGACGAAGGCUGGAUGCUCUUCCGGAAGUUUAAAAUGAUCCUUUACCAAAACACAAAACUUGACGAAAAGACCACUGUCCAAGAUUUAACGAAGAAAAAGGAAAUGCCUGCGUUAAAGAUAUUUUCACUUUCCUUGAAAUACCUAAAAGACCACGCAUUGGACAACUUGAACUUGGAGCGGCUUUGUAUCACUGAACAAGACAUCACGUUUGUCGUUACUGUUCCGGCUAUCUGGGACGACCGAGCUCGUAUGUUCAUGAGGGAAGCGGCUGUCGAGGCAGGCAUACCAAGAAACCAGUUGGUUAUGGCCCUGGAGUCUGAGGCGGCUUCUGUCUGGUGCCAAAGGGUCCCUGUGGCCAUGGACAAAUCCGCCUUUACGCAGGACAACUCGCGAUACAUGGUCGUGGACUUGGGAGGUGGUACGGCUGAUAUCACAGUCCAUCAGAAGUUGCGGACCGGACAGCUGAAACAGCUUUGCGCGGAUUUUGGGGGCAAAUGGGGAGGACAGGAAGUGGACAACAACUUCGUCCAACUACUUACUAGAUGUCUCGGACGGGAGGCGAUGAAUACGUUUUAUGACGAAUGCCUACAUGACGUAUUCGAUCUGCUGAGAGAAUUCGAAAUGACAAAACGUUCGGUUGCUCCUACCGAAAAUGGAAAAGUCAGAAUCCGUUUGCCAGUCUCGCUGACUGAAAUAACUCAGAAGAAAUUAUCAAAGAGUAAGGGACGAGAAUUGUUCCUGAAAAGUCUAAUUGCAUCUGACUAUGGUGACAAGGUUUCUAUUGCGAAGGAUAAACUCAAAAUCGACGCCGAGAUUAUCAAACGGAUGUUUGUUGACUGCAUUUCAAAGACAAUUGAUGCAAUCAAAGAUAAAUUUAAAGGAGAUCCGAGGAUUUCAGAUGUUAAAAAUGUGCUGGUCGUUGGCGGCUUUGCUGAAUGUGCGAUAGUUCAAGCUGAAAUGAAAGAACGCCUUCUUAAAGUGAAGAAGAAGCUGGUGUUUCCCCCAGAAGCUGGACUUGCUGUUCUCAAUGGUGCCGUUUUGUUUGGCCACGAACCAACCAUAAUUGCAAGCAGGAAGACGAGAUUUACAUACGGCUUGAAGAGGAAAACGGACGGGAAAAACACAUUUCAUAUCUUUAUUGAAAAGGAAGAAGAGUAUACAAAUGGACAUGUAGUCACUGUCAAUGAUUGGCCAUUGUUGGAUAAGAAAGGCGGAUAUGCGACAUUUGAACUCUUCAUGUCGACGAGUAAAACACCAACGCUCGUUACUGAUCCCACUUGCAAGAACGUAGGAAAACUGGAAAUGAAAGUUCACAAUAGCUGCACUGCAUGUGAAGUUUCCCUCGUGUUUGACACAGAUGCCGUUAUGCUAAGAAUAAAGGAACCGGAAACUGGAGAUGUGAUUACAAAGAUGUUUGAUUUUAUCUGA